AACCUUCGGGGGAAACCAGUCUUAGCUCGACGGACAAAAAUACGGUGAACACCAGUACGUUCAACAGUGAAGAAAGUAGUGAUCGGUGCCGGUUUAUAGAGUCGGUAUAAGAGAGGUUCAAUGCUUAAUAUUUGUUAUUUUUAGUUUUUGGAAACUGAUUAUUCGAAUAAUAAUGGGAGUGCACGGAUUGUGGAGGCUACUGGAGAGUACAGGUAAACCGAUUAAUCCUGAAACACUGGAGGGAAAGAUCCUUGCUGUUGACAUCAGCAUAUGGCUAAACCAGGCAGUAAAGGGAGUAAGGGACCGUGAAGGGAACAGUGUCCAGAACGCCCACCUGCUCACCCUCUUCAACCGCAUCUGUAAGCUGCUCUUCUUCCGUAUCAAGCCAGUGUUUGUGUUUGAUGGGGACGCACCGCUGCUGAAGAAGCAGACUCUGGCUUUGAGGAGACAGAGGAAGGAGGAAUUAAGCCAAGAGUCUAAACAGACCAACGAGAAACUCCUCAAGACUUUCCUCAAGAGACAAGCUAUAAAAGCUGCUCUCGGAGACCGUAGUACGGAGCCACUACCCAGCCUCUCCACUGUGAGGAGAAAUGAGGUGGAUGAUCUAUAUGUCCUGCCAGCACUUCCACCUGCAGAGGAGAAAGAAAAAAGCAGCUCUGAAGAGGAGGAAGAGAGAGAAUUGGAGGAGACGACCAACAAUCGUUAUAUGCACCAGGAAGACUUUUAUGAAGACAUCAACUCAGUGGACAUCAACUCAGAGGAGUUUGCCAGCCUGCCUCCCGAAAUGAAACACGAGAUACUGAAAGACAUGAAAGAGUUUUCCAAAAGACGGCGAACCAUGUACAACAAACCUCCAGAGCGUUCAGGGGACUUUUCUCAGUACCAGCUGGCCGGUCUUCUGCAGAGGAACCAGCUGAACCAGCGCCUGGAGGGAGUGGAGAAAGAAAUGAGCCAGCGGAGUGCAGGCAGCGCCCCACAGCUUUAUGGGGAAGAGCAGAAUCACAAUGUGGAGUCACAGAGACUGAUUUCAGAAGACCACUCCCACUAUAUUCUAAUUAAAGGCUCCUCAAAACAUGAUAAAACUCCAGAGAGCCAACCACAACCAGCCGCUGCACCCUGGGCUGGGAGCUCCCUGUCGGGCUGCAGUCAGCGAGCAGUGAACAAACCAGAGCCCCUGUGGCGUCCUGUCAGUGAGGAAGGCAAUAAAGUGUGCGGCCCUGCUUCCAAAUCCCCCAAACCCUCUGUAUCUGAAACAUCACUGUGCUCUCAGGAAAACGCAUCACCCCCUUCUCCUUGGACUCUCAGAGCCAUCCAAAAUGCAAUGAACGGCAGCUCAGAUGAGGAAACGAUGGAAGUGGAUAAGAAGGAUGGUAGCGUGUCUCCUCGUACUCUGCUGGCCAUCCAACAAGCUCUUGCUGAGGAAGAUGAUGACACAGUUGGACAGAGGAGUAAAAGCAUCAAAACACACACUAAUCAUGUGCCACAAGUGGUCAUCAGCAGCUCAGAGGAAGAGAAUGAGCCCAAUGAUCUGCUAAUUAUGAGCAACUCUUUACAAAGUGAAGCCUCUAAAGCAAAUGAAGACCUAAGAGGCCGAAGUCCACCUGGGAGAGAUGGUUUGUUGGAUAUUAGUUCUGAGGAUGAGAUGGAAGAAGUGAUUGGGGAAAGGAACAAGGCGUUUCACUUUGCGGCACAACCUCUUGACAAACAGAGGGAAGUAGAGGAAAAUAAAAAGGCUCAGAUGAUGUCAGAAGAACAGCUGAAACAGACAGAAACAUGGAUGGGAGGAAGAGGAGGGAUGGAAAUAGAGGAAGGGGAGAAAAAGAGCACAGAUCAGGUUGAACUUCAAGGAUCUGCUUUUGAUCAUCAUAGUUUAUCUGUAAAUGUCUGUGAAAGCCCUCUCAGAAACCCUCAUCCUUUAGUACCAGGGCAGAAGAACAAGGCCAUCAGAGAUCUACAGGAGAAAAAUGGAGAUGGUGUGAAGUCUGAGGGCAGCGAGGAGAGCGAAUCAGAAGAGAGCUUCAUUGAGGUGUCAGAAGAAGAGGAGGACGAUUCAGUUUCAGAUGUUAGCAGGAGAGUGUCGCCAGAUAGAGAAUCAUUUAAAAAGGAAGAAAAAGCAGAGGAAAGUUUAACAGAGGCUCCCAGUGGUCCGGCUGAUGUUUUGCAAUUGGAGGAAAAUGCAGAGGAAGAAAAACAGAGUGAAGAGGAUGAUCUGAAGGAGGAAACUGAGACAAAAUCUGACGCAACUCCAGCGUUCAAUGAAUGGGAACAAUUUGAUAUGGAUGAGUUGGAGGCUCUGGAAAACUCUCUGCAAGUAGAACAAAACAGCCUGAGGGAGCAGAAACAGCAGCAGGAGAGGAUGGCCAACACGGUGACGGGACAGAUGUAUCUGGAGAGUCAGGAGCUGCUGCGGCUGUUUGGCGUACCGUUCCUAAUGGCUCCGAUGGAGGCUGAAGCGCAGUGUGCGGCACUCGACCGUUGUGAUCACACCCACGGGACCAUAACCGACGACUCCGACGUGUGGCUGUUCGGAGGCCGACACGUCUACAAGAACUUCUUCAGCCAGAACAAAUAUGUGCAACAUUAUCAGUACAGUGACCUGCAGAACCAGCUGGGUCUGGACAGAACUAAACUCAUCAACUUGGCCUACCUGCUUGGUAGUGACUACACAGAGGGCAUCCCAGGGGUUGGAUAUGUGACCGGUAUGGAGAUCCUCAACGAGUUCCCCGGGCCAGGCUUGGAUCCGCUGAGACAGUUCAGUGAGUGGUGGUCAGAGGCUCAGGAGAAGAAGCGUCUGGUGGAUAACCCCCGGGACACAAAGGUGAAGAAGAAGUUAAGGGAACUAAAACUGCAGCCUGGAUUCCCCAACCCGGCGGUGUCUCAGGCCUACUGGCACCCUGCUGUCGAAGAGUCGGACUGCUCCUUCAGCUGGGGACGCCCGCAAGUCGACAUGAUCAAAGAAUUCUGUCUGAGUCGUUUUGGAUGGAGCAGCCGACGAACAGAGGAGACUCUUCAGCCUGUGAUGAAACAGCUCAACACCAAUCAGACUCAGCUACGAAUCGACUCGUUCUUCAGGAUGGAGCAACAGGAGAAGCAGUCGAUCCGCAGUCAGCGACUCCGCCGUGCAGUCACCUGCAUGAAGAGGAAAGAGAAGGAAGCCGGAGCAGAGGAGGAGGAAGGGGAGGACACUGAGGAGGAAAAGCUCUCCCCAUCCAAAGCUAAGAAAGUGGCACAGAAGAAACCAGGGGAAGCGAGAGAGGAGGAGAAGAAUGUGUCAGGAGGAGGUUUUCUCAGUUCACAGGUCACCAUUGAACUCCCUGUUGCACCGUUGAAGGACGUCAGUAGGAGCAGCGGCAACGAAAACAGAAAAUACGCUCCAGUAAAACCUGAGACUGCACCACGCAAAGUCAGAAUUUGCAACAGCAGCAGCAGCAGCUCCGAAGACAGUGAUGAUGGCGGCGAAGUUGCUAUGGUUACAGCCAAAUCUGUGUUUGAUGGCAACCGACGAGGCCGUGGCGCCAAAAGCACAAGAGGUAGAGGUAGAGGAGGCACGAGAGGAAGAGGAAAGGAGAAGAAACUGACCCCAAAGUGAAGCAUAAGCUAUAUUUUUAAAAUAACAAAUAAGAAGUUGUCAAUUAUGAUGAAUUGAACUUUUUUGUAUUUAAAACUUUUAAUGUCUAAAAA